AUGGAAGAUGGUGGGAGAAGCUGCUCUGCAGAUCCCUCGUCAAAUGAUCAUAUGAAGGGAGAGUCUAGGGAAUCCCCUGAGCAAGCUGGGACGCAAAACCAAACAGGAGCAGGACGUCCGGAAAGAGAGAGAUCUGAAGAUUUGACGUGGCUUUGGUCCCUCCCCGAAUCCCAACUAGUGAGUCGUAUUUCCAGUUCCCCUUAUUCUAAUCAGUCGUUCUUUUUCAGACAAACCUUAUUUCUUUCCCUUUUGUGAGGACGAUUGCACUAUCAGAGCGACUUGUAAUGCCGUAUGAUGAUGAAAUUACUUCUCAGAAAUCUCUCUUCUUUCUCAUGGCUUCGGAAACUGGCGUCCUCCUGUGUGUUCUAAUUUCUUCCCUUCGGUUAAGUUCUAAGUUAAGUUAUUUUGCAUAUCGUAUAGUCCUCUCAUGUAAGCGCAUCUCACUCAGUGAAUGGAGGUAACUUCAGUUUCAUCCGUGGUUAGUGAGUCCUCCCAGUAGAAGUCCUGAUCGAAGUGAUCAAUGGGUAAAACGAGGGCGUGCAUACUAGGUGGGUUUCUAUAUGCAAAUUAAGAAAUUUGUGGGGAUGUUUAAUAUAUGUUGAACACGAGGUUGUAAGUCUGGAUCACUCUUUAUCGGUCUCUCCCAUAUUGCAGCCAUAUUGGACUAUCUAUGUUCUACGAUGGGGGAGUACACAGAGUCACACCCAUGGACUAGGAAUGGUUAGUUUUCCACGACCAUUAGCUGAUUCUUUUGACUAUUUCAUUCACUUUCGUAGUUUUUAUCUUUCAAUUCAAAUCAUUCAACCUUUUCUGGUCCCAUUACAUCCAGGAUUCUGGAUUUUAAUGUUUCUUCUAUUAUUGGUACUAAGUCAAAAUCACUAUUGUUCAUAUGUUCCUUUGCAAUUUGACUCAUAUGUCUUUAAACUAUUCUAUUACUGAAUUAGCUUUUUUUGUUAAAAUCCAACGCUCUUUGCCUCUUCGCCCAUGCAAUGGUUUUGAGAAAUAUUUAUAGCUGUCUGCACAUGGAAUGUGAGGUUUCAUGUUCAAAUUACCUGGGUGACAGAUGACCUACCAAUAUAUCCUUAAAAAUGCGCCAUAAAUUUUUCUCACGAACAGAAACCAAAACUCCUUUGCAGGAUUUGCUGAUUUGUCUAAAGGAAUUAGCCAUUUUACGUUCCAGAAAUGCGGGCCACGAGGAGCUUGCUGAGAAGUUUGACCCACAGAUGCUGGGCAUGCUUGGUACGCGCUCAUCUGUCUCUGAAUGAAAUUAAUUUUUGUGCUAUUAUAGAUGUAUAUUUUUUAUUCAAGGAGACGAUGCUAUCAUCGAUCAAAGAAAAUAUCAAUUCCGUGGAUCUGCACUAAGAAUCCGAUUCUCUCUCAUCCCUCACUGUCCAUGUGGUUCGAAACCCACAGUUCUUCUAAUUGCCCGUGGCAAAAACCCCUCGUGUGGUGUCUACGCAGGGGCCUUCGUGCUGGAAUACGUCAAGGAGAGGAUAAAGGGCUCGUCGAUCUUCCCCUACUCCUCCGAGGAGCUGGAAUCGCUCAGCGGCCGGCAGAUGGCUCCGCAAGAGUCCCAAACUCCGGUUACAGAAGACUCUACACGACUCCGGAUGCCCCCCGGAGAAGGAGGGCUUCAGUUGGGUGAUAUAGAUGCCCUGGUUAUCCCUGUUUUCCACGUUGACCUCGGCCGAAUCUGA